CGCACCAUGAAUAGCCGUGCAUGGCGCUGUAGGUGCGUUAUUUUUUUUCCGGGCGUGGAUGGCGUAACUAAACGGUAACGGUUACUAACUGGUGUUAGCGUGACAGGUGAAGGAGGAGACGGAGUGUGUGGGGAUUUGACGGGACUUCGUGCUCUGUAAAGGAGGAUGAAUAUGCUGCUGCUGCUGCUCCUCAUCAACGUUUCCCAGCAUGCCCUGGCUGUGGUUGUGGAGGUGUACGCAGGAGAGAGAUCUGUCCUGCUGCCCUGUCAGUUCUCCAGUUUUAUUCCUGAGGAGCCCACAGUGAUGUGGACUCGCUCUGAUCUCAAUCCUAAAUCUGUGCACCUACGACGAUAUGAAGAUGAUCUUAGAGGACAAAACCAGCGUUACAGCGGGCGCACAUCAAUGAAUCCUGAUGCUCUGAACUCUGGAAACUUCAGUCUCACUCUGAGAACACCAACAAAGACUGACAGCAGCAACUACACCUGCUCCAUCAGUGAUGGACGAGAAGAACUGAGACUCACAGAUAUACAGCUGCAGGUCAAAGACCAACAGGUUGAGGUGAAGGUGGAGGAAGGCUCAGACUCCGUCAUCCUGCCCUGCAAAACAAAACCUGACCUGCCUGAGGACACCACAGUGGAGUGGACUCACUCUGACCAAGAACUCACAGUGACCCAAGUGCAUUCAAACAACAGUGAUCACCUGAAACAGCUGGACAACCUUUACUGCGGCCGCGGAAAGAUGAAUGAAGACCUGCUGAGAACUGGAGACCUCAGUCUGACCCUGAAAAACCCCACAAAGAGAGACAGUGGAGGAUACAUCUGCACCAUCUACAGGGACAAAGACAUCCUGAGACAGAAAGUAGAGCUGCAGGUCAAAGUUUACCAGGUGGAGGUGGAUCCAGGGGUGGAGUCUGUCCAGCCGCCCUGCAAAACCACACUCCGCCUGCCCAAAGACGCUAUAGUGGAGUUGAAGGAUGGUUCUAUGUAUGACAGGAAGGUCCACGUGUAUCAGAACGGCUCUGACCAGUCUAAAAAACAGCAUGAGGAUUACAGAGGCCGAACAGAGAUGAAGAGAAGCCUACUGAAAUCUGGAGACCUCAGUCUGACCCUGAAACACCCCACAGAUGAAGACACAAACACCUACACCUGCACUGUUUACAGCAACGAGGGAAACAUCCUGAUGAAGAAAGAUGUGGUGCUCAUCUUCAGAGGUCAGUGCUGUAGAUACAGGUCAGAGGUCAGACUCAUGAUGGUGGUUCAGUCUCAGCGGGCUCCAUCCAAUAAUGUUACAGUGUUAGCAUGUCUGAUGUUUGUGGCUGUUCUGGUUUUUAUUUGAUUUCCACCCAAAUGUAGAAGCUUCAGCAGAUGAACUGUAGGAGCAAAGUUCAUGUGUGAGACUUCAUCUGAAAGGUAACAUCUUCUAGUUUCUGAACAUGUGUUUGGUUAGCAUGUGGCUAAAACACAGGCUAAGCUAAGUCAGCUCAAAUCUCAGUAAAAACCUUCUUUGGUCCUCAUCUAUAAUCAGUCAUAUCUGAGUCACAAUAACUAGAAGAUGAUUUCUAGCAGAAGUGUGAAAAUCUCCACAUCCUUUCUCCAUGUUAUCAUCCAAAGCUGUGUGACGUCUCAGACCUCUGCAGUUAACAAACGGAGACUUAAAUGGAGUUGUGAUGCACUUCAUA